AUGGUGAACUCCACCAUCGGCAAAGUCUUGGAAUCCAACCUAUUUGCCUGCAACUUCUGGGUUAGCCUCAAGUAUGAGUACCUACCCAGCUUUUGCUUUCGCUGUGGCAGGGUGGGUCACGUGAUUCGGGCAUGUACUUCUGACCCGCCAGCUCGCAAAGAAAACUUCGGGCCUCACAUGUCCACUCGAAAGCUGGGUAACCGAAUCUACGACACCGAUGACAAUAACCCUUCGUUUGCAAGGGGAGGGAAGUCGGGGGAGAGGCACGGCCAGCCUGUCCUGGGACCUGAUCGCCAGCUGUCAGGCCACCCGCGCAAGGCUGUAGCUCCGUCUCCAGCCGGGAAAGUGCGCCGCCAGAGCCCUCGCGGCUUCCAUGUGUCGCGGGAGCCGAAGAUCCAGCUGGGUCGCCAGUCCCGUCCUACUCGCGCGGUGCAGCAGCAGCCUUGGAGGAAUGGUGCCCGGGAUGCUGAUGAAGAGGGGCGCAUUCAAGAGUUUCAUGGUGCCCAGGCAAUGGGGCUGGCGGAUGCCCCUGUUGCUAUCGAUGCUGAGCUCACGGUGGAGCAGCCAGCGGAACGCCCAGUCAUUCUGCCUCCGGCUGAGGUUCGACGCAGAAGACUGAUUCUGGAUGACUCCGAGGAUGAAGCCCCGCCAACCAGUGGCCGCUCCUCUCCAGCUGCGGCUCCGGAGGGGAAGAAGGGUGGACGGCGAUUGGUGAAAUUGGCUGACGCACUCUCCGCGGCGGGGGUCCCUAAAACCCGUGAGGCUCCCCGCUCCAACCGGAGGAAGAGGUCGUCUGUGUUGGACCGAGGUGAGAAGGGGGAGACGAGUAGGAAGAAGGGCGGAGCGGGUCGAACGGGAAAGAAACAAGGUGGCCGCCAAGGUAAAAGGGCCGUGGAGAAAGAGAGGGUCCAGGAGGCGGAAGUGGAGGAAAAUGCUUUGGCAGAAGGGAAAAAAAUAGUAAUAGAGGAGGCUGCUGUCCCAAGGGAAUCAGAUGGCUCCCAGUCUGAGGAGGAUGAGCUCCGUUUCGUUAUCAAAAGCAGGAUCCAGCCCAUUGACAAGGAGAAUGUUGGUCAAAAUGGGAGGGUGAAGCAGGUGGUGGCUGCUUUUGAAGCGAAUUUGGCCAUUACUGAGGACCAGACCCAUGAGGACCUGGCUGAAGGGGACAUGGUGUUGAAGCUGAAUGAGUAUGGGUCUAAUCUUGAUGAUGGGACUCAUAAGCGGCCUUUGCAAGAGAUAGAGGAGGGGCUUGAGAGCAGUCCCACUCCGAAGAGGCAAUUUGUAGAAGAAAUCUCAGAGACUGUUGAGGUGGAGGAAGCCAGUCAUAAAUGGCCCCAGUCUGAUAAAUGA